UUGUUGAACCGUGUCGGACUUUAAGUAUUUUGUCUGCACCCGGCAGCGGGGUGUUUUCUCUUACAGCCACGGUCUACGAGAACUAUUAGCACUAAUCAAAAGGCAUCAUUAUACUUUUAAUGUGUGUCGUAAAACUCUUCAGUCCAUAACUGUGGUAUAUUGUGCUUGGCUGCCCAGUUAUGGAAGUCUACUGUUCCCCUACUCUACCUGAUCAGUUUCUGUCUCAUCUUCCCAAUUUCAGCCCAUGAACAGCUGCAGCAAGGAAGACCCCACGAGACAUCAUUUUCCAGACAAAGCUGAUCAAAUAACUGCAGGUGCUGGACAAGAGACUGUCGGUGGCAGAAGAGCUGGGAGGAAAGGUCAGCAAGGACCUCAGCCUCCUCCUGAAGCAGCUGGGGAACAUGACACGCGCUGCUAACGUCAGCCACCUCUGGAGCAACACGUCCAGCAGCAGCAGCACCACCAUGGCAACAGUAAAGCAUCUGAUGGAUGACCUGAGCAGACAGUCGCUGCCUCAGGCCAGCAUUCACUUCUACAUGCCCCACCUCAGGAAGCAUCCCAACAGCCUGGUGCCUCAUGUGGUGCUGGGGAAGGGACGCAGCGGAGUGACCAUGGUGCUGGGCAUUCCCACGGUGAAGCGUGAGAAGCAGAGCUACCUGGUCAGCACCCUCAGCUCCCUGCUGUCCGGCCUCACCUCCUCAGAAAUGCAGGAUCUGCUCAUCAUCGUCUUUGUCGCUGAGACGGAUCUACAGUAUGUGGAGGGCGUCGCACGCAGCCUGUCUGAGAAUUUUCCAAAGGAGGUGCAGUCUGGUUUACUGGAGGUGGUCUCCCCAUCGCAGUAUUACUACCCCGACUUCAACACCCUCAAAGAGACGUUUGGAGACUCCAAGGACCGAGUCAAAUGGCGAACUAAGCAGAAUUUGGACUACAGCUUCCUCAUGCUGUACGCUCAGGACAAAGGAACUUACUAUGUUCAGUUGGAAGAUGACAUUUUUGCAAAGAGCGGUUACUAUAGCGACAUGAAGGCAUUCACCAUGCUGUCUUCUAACGAAUGGCUCUACCUGGAAUUCUCCCAGCUUGGGUUUAUAGGUAAGAUGUUUAAGACCAGAGACCUCCCGAUGAUAGCCGAGUUCUUCCUCAUGUUCCACAAAGACAAGCCUAUCGACUGGUUGCUGGAUCACAUUCUGUGGGUGAAGGUUUGCAACCCGGAGAAGGAUAACAAACACUGUGAUCUUCAGAAAGGAAUGAUGAGGAGGAGAUUUAAGCCCUCGCUCUUCCAGCAUGUUGGUCUUCAUUCUUCUUUGCCUGGAAAACUACAACAUCUGAAGGAUAAGGACUUUGGGAAGGAGGGUUUGUUUCAGGCUCACAAUAACCCAGCUGCUGCGGUGAACAGCAGCAUGAAACACUACCAGCAGCACAGCCUGGAGCGGCUUUACAAAGGAAGUGACUUCAUGUGGGCUUUGACGCCGGUCCGGGGCGACUACAUCCUCUUCAGCUUCCCUCAGCCCAUCCGCAUAGCUGGGUAUUUGUUUCGUAGUGGAAACAGCCAGGCAGUGGGGGAUAAAUUCCACAACACCACAGUGGAAGUCCUCUCCAGCAAUACAAGGGCUGCAGAGAAGCUCCUGGCUGGAUCACCAUCUAAAUACAAGCGGUCUGACAGCAAAUUUGUUGUUAUUGGUGAAUUUUACAACGGAGUGGCUGAAGGAGAAAUUCCUGAAGUUCUGCAGCCCAUCUCAGCUCUGCGCCUGGUGGUUCACUCCGACUCAGAUGUCUGGGCUCUGCUGAGCGAGAUUCACAUCAAGGUAUGAAGACAAGGCGCGCCCUCUGCUGGACAAAGACUCUGACUACAAGGACAUUUUAAAGCAGCUCUGAAGCUUGAUGAGCAGAUCGCCUGUUGGUGAUCUGAGAGGAGCCAUCCAUCCAUUUUCUGUUCACCCUUGUCCCUAAUGGGGUCGGGAGGGUUGCUGGUGCCUUCUGAGAGGAGCUUCAGACAGAAAUCUGACUCAUGUUGAGUAACCAUGUGGAGGAAGAAGCACUCCCCACACUGAUGGGUUUACACCAACAUAACCUGUCACACGUUUUUGCACUAUGACAGAUUUUUAUUCUAUAAAAUAAACGUAUGAAAUAUCAAA